GUUUUUGAGCUCGAGAGGUUUUAGGAGCACGUAGGCGUUUGCAUGCAGCAUGUUAUGAACUUUAUGUUAAAGUUUUCAGCGUUUAAGAGAUGAUGGGACUUUAUUUUCUUUUCAAACUCACAGUUUCUCUUGUUUUACUCUGCAAUAUACCAGCAGGUGGCUAUGUAUAUCAGAGUAUUUCUGACUGUGAGUAUGGUGACAACAUCACAGACAUGGUCUAUCUUGUGAAAAACAUAUUCAACCAGAAUCUUAACAACAUGUAUGACUCUCGGGUCGGGAAGUACGUUGGCUUUGGAGAAUACGGCAUGAUUAACGCUGCCCAUUAUAACAGUCAGGGUUGGAAAAUGAAAGCAAGAAAAGCAGAAGUGGAGACUCAAUGCAGAUACCACGCAAGAUUAUUCAGAAGGAGCACACUGGAUCGAAAAGUGCCUCCGGUUGUCAGGGUCCAUCAGACCAAGCCAGCUGACUACGGGAAGCAGUCCAUGCUCGAGUGCAGCGUUGUGGGUUUUUUUCCCCAGGAAGUGUGGGUGAGCUGGCUGAAAGACGGGGUAGAGGUCACCACCGAUGUGUCGUCUACAGAUAUCCUGCCCAAUGGGGACUGGAGCUUCCAGCUUCACUCUUACCUGGAGCUCACACCCAGAAGAGGGGAGAGGGUGAGCUGCAGGGUGGACCAUAGCAGCCUGAGAGAGAGCCUGGAGGUGGACUGGGACACCUCAUCACUGGAUGCUAAACACCUGAAGAUGGCAGUGGGUAUCGUCGUCUUCUUCAUCGGCUUCACUGCAGCCACUGGUGGAGCAGCUUACUACUGGUGGAAAAAGAGGUUCGACCUCAGCCCAUUAGGCAGACAAGGACAAACAUCUCCAAGUCAUCAAUCAGAAUUAUUGAGUUUGAAUAGAGAAUAAGAUAAAGCUCUGCUGAAGAACUAGAUUAGGUAACAAUAUAAAGUAUUAAAGCCGGCGACCCCUUCAGCCCACAAAAAAGAAAAUAGUCCCCCUCAACAACUGACCUACAGUGGAAGGAGAAAAACAGCAUUGUGGGAAGAUGACAUAGUGUUGGUUUAUUAUUGUACUGACCCCCCCGACAUGGCAACGCUCCUCCUUUAUCAUUUGUGUCAACCAAGGACUCCACUGACAUGGUAUCCUUCAAAAAACAAAGUGCCAUAAAUUGUUCCAACGUUGUGUUAUGAUCAUUUUGUAGGAUUAAGGCGUCAGACCUGUCACUUUCAAUUACUGUCUCACCUUGGAAUAAAUAUCAUCUUUACAUGACAUGUCA